CCGACACUGUUCAACCUGAGCCCCUACUCCACCUUCUCAGCAACUUUCGUCACGCUCGUUAGUGGGAUGGGACUUCUGCGGCAUCAUGUAUGAGCGGCAGCGGGUUUGGCGGGCUUGUCAAGCAUGUCGAAGGAAGAAAGUCAAAUGUGACGGCGAGCAUCCUUGUCAAAGUUGUACACGUAACAAGGCGGAGUGUCUCUUCGCUGAACCUCCGGGCAACUCGAGGCUGGUGGAUCCCCAAUAUGUGUUGAAGCUCGAGAGCCGCAUAUCGCUCAUGGAGCAGAGACUCCGGCAACAAUCACUUGCACUGGAGGCCAGAGAGGAGUCCCUACCACUGGAUGCCUCUGCUGCGGUCGCCAGUAGCGAUCAUAAUGACACUGACCAUCAUUUCCACGUCGAAAGCGAGUCGGUCACUGCCGUGGCCACUGCAGCCGACAAGAGUGCACUUUCCGACCCGCCAGGGGGAUUCCGAGGAUCCUCGGUGGAUGCGGCGGUCCAGACAUCACAACGACCUUCAAGAACUCAUCUGCCCAAGGAGAUUUGCGGCGAUGACCGGAUGGUUGACAAUUUGGCCUUUGAUCGCUAUGAUACGAGAAAUGUCCCGACGGACGUAACGCAACUUGAAAAGCCACUUUUGCAAGCGUUAAUCGACUUCUUUUAUCAGUCGAUCUACCCCGUCUUCCCAAUCAUUCAUCGUCGCAGAUUCCAACAACAAUUUGAUUCUUGGUCUUCUAAUGGCAAAGAAAACGGUCUUAAUGCAGCUGACCAUGAUUUUCAACCUCUUCUGUAUGCACUUCUGGCGGUCGCUGCCUCGAUAAUACCUGAAAAUCCUACGAUCUUUGACCACUCAAGCUUUGAAAUCUACAAAUGGAUAGAUCUUGGGGAUCUGUUUUACCAGCAUGCUUUUUCGCUAAGUGCUGGCAGAUCUUGCCAAGAAAGUCCUUCGUCGGCUAUAAAUCCUAUUGCUGCACAGGGACUUCUUAGUCUCUACCUGAUCGAGCGAGGCAAAGUGAAUGAUGCGUGGGUCACUGCAGGACAUGCAAUUCGUCUAUAUCAGGGCUUUGAUCUUGAUGAUAACGUCGGUAUUGCUAGCGAGGCAAAUGAUCUACGUCUCGCGCAUAGGAAUCUCUGGUGGUGUCUCUACAUCUUAGAUCGCUCAUUGUCCACGGUUCUCCUGAAGCCAUUGGCUAUCGACGAUGCCGAGAGCGAUAUUGAAUCCUGUGAUGGCGAAGAAUACCUCGCAUCAUCGACCGUGGGACAAACGGAUCCCUGGUUCUCGGUCGUCGCCGAUUUUCAUAUCACGAUGGGCCGCAUUUACCGAUCAGUGAGGUUAAUUCGAAAAGCCGAAUCUUCCCAGAAUGCAGAUCUCAAGGAUACAGUUAGGUCAUACGUGAGGCGACAUGACGCAGAGCUCGAGAAGUACUAUAAAAACCAAGUCCUGCCGAAAAUAGAGACCCCCAACUCACAGGUGGGUCCUCUUGCACUGCAAACGAUUGCUGUGUCAUCAUACUACAUCGGGCUUGUCCUCCUUUAUCGCACAUUUAUCGAACGCUUCAACAUUACGGAGCCUGAAGCCCUUUUGCGAUGCGCUGAGGCUGCGUCUAAUUGCAUCAAGGUCACCCCACAAGUCAUUGCCCAUGUGCCGGCAAGCCACUUCGUGAUCCAACAAAGUCGAGCCAUCUUUGCCAGUGCAAAGGUGCUCCUGCACUGUAUGCGAUUGGCUCGCAACCCGGGCUUUACCAGGAAGGCCAUGUCGGAUGUUGAGAGCGGCUUGAAUAUGCUGCAAGAGGUGAAGAUUCAGUGGCCUGAGAUUAAGAAGUACCAACGUCUGACUGAAGAGGAUAUGCGCCAGACGCAGACUGAGCUUCAAAAGCAUGAUCUCUAUUACAAGACCUUCGAGUCUUUUGGGCAGAUGGUUGCUACAAGCGAGACCGAUGCUCGGGAAAUACCACCUUCCAACAGAACAUAUUCAAGUCAACUCCCCAAGAACUGCCUUGAUUUGCAGGGCCUCGAUAUUCUACCAUGGGUGCUUCCGAAUGGCCGGACAAAUGGCUUACUCGCAACCGAGUGCUCCCAAAUUACAACUUCGUCAAAACACAGCCAGCCUGACGAGUCUUCUCGACAACAAUCCAAGCGGAGAAAAUUGCAUCAAUCUCCGUCGCAAUCACCAUCACUUGCCCAUGAUACACUCGCUUUGGAUUUGCUCCCAAUACUGAGAGAUUCAACCGAUUGUCCUAUAAUGGACCACAUGAUUACCACUGGGGAUAUGCUACUUCCUGAUAUAUCCCCUCGGCCAACUAGUUCGGAGGAACUAUCCACCUCUUUCUUCAGCGAUGCAUUGUUGAUGAACUCGAUCGAUCAAUUCUUUUCCCAAUGAGAAGCCUGAUAACAUCAGUCAUGAUAAAUUGAAUAUAAGAGCUGGACCUGGCAUUCUUUCAUGCGUCUUAAAGUUCAUAAUUUGAAUAUUUUUGAUCCUUAUCCCCCCAAGGGAAAAUGUUAUUAUCGUAUACAAAAAGACUCUACCAAAGCGACGAUCUUACAAACUGCUAGAACUAAGAUCAAUGGGUAGGAGCGAUCUCUCCACAGCUGCCACAUCUCCGGCUAUCCCCGUCCUCCAUCCAGUUAUCAAUAACCUCUUUGAGCUGUGUUUCAAUAUCUGCACAGUAGAACGACUCCUCUCUGAUGAUUGUGGGGACUGUGCCAUGGGCCGCUUUAUUAUCACAAUACCACCGGAUCCGGUCGAUCAUAUGUGGCGGACGAGCUCGUUCCAUUACUAGGCCGAUCGUGUCCUUUGAUCUUCUCGGAGAGUGAGGCGUGUUUCCUGUGAAAAGAAAUGAUUCGCCUUCGUGAAUUAUAAUGUCACGGAAAUCAUCGUUCUCAACGAUCUUCAGUAGCAUGUCUCCCUUUAUCUGAUAGAACCAUUCCUAAAUCCCGAGGAUGUUAGAUACUCUUAUUUGAACUCGAUUACAGCAUAG